AUGGAUUACGACGAUCGGCGACAAAGGUCGCGACGAUAUGACGACCGAGACGAUCGUAGAGAUGGUCGAGAACCGCGAUAUGUCGAAACACAAGAAACAUACGUGCGAAGUCCAGUUCCUCUAGCACCAGAACCACCAUAUGUCUCCGCUCGGCAUACAGAGAUCGUACGCCGUCCAGUUCGCGAAGAUAGCGAUAUGUCAAUCGAGGAAGUGAGAAGAGACUUCCCACCUCCUGGUGUUGCUGGCGUCGGACCAUAUCGAUCUGCUCGUGAUGACCGUUAUGGUGGUCGUGCUCGCUCUGCUGAGCGCGGUUAUGGUUAUGAGAGAGAUCCACGACGAUCUUACAACGAUGUAGAUGACCGUCGAAGUCGCAAGAGCAUGAUUUACGCCGAACAAGAAAUCAAACCGCGCAGACGUUCGCUUUCUCGAAACCAGAAGAUUCUCGCUGGUGUUGGAGGCGCCAUCAUCGCAGCUGGCGCGAAAGAAAUAUAUGAUAGAAAACAGGCAGACGGGAGACCCGUUUCUCGUAACGCGCUCUCGACCGCUGCGAUCGGUGCAGCAGGCGCAUUUGCAGGUUAUGAGGGUGCUGAAUUGUACGCAAAGAAGACAUCUAGAGGAAAGGAAGUCAAGACAUAUGUUGCACACAAAGACAAGAAUGGACACGUUGACGAGUAUUACAAUUCCGAGGACGAGGACCCCGUUCCGCCAAAGAGAUCCAAGAGCCGUCGCAAGUCGAUUAUGGAAGGUGCACUUGGAUUAGCAGGAAUCGGCGCAGCUGCAAAUGCCACCAAAAGCCAUCGCCGACGAGGUAGUGCUGACAGUUACUCCUCUGGAAGAUCAGGAAAAUCUCGACGAUCCACUCGUAGCAAAUCACACGGCAGACGUGGUGACCACUCGCCAGAAGGCGCAGCUAAGUUUCAACAAGCAGCAAAAGCCGCACUACUUGCAGGUGCCACAGAAGCUUUCAGGGUUCGGAACGAGCCAGGUGGAUGGGGUGGAGCAAAAGGCAAACGUAUUCUUACAGCUGCUGUUGGAGCUGGUGGUAUUGAUGCUGCUGCCGAUCGGGAUCCAGACAAGAAGAGUAAACGCCACAUUCUCGAAGCUGUGGUCGGUGGUCUUGCCGGUAAUCGCUUGAUCAACGGUUCUAGAAAGGAGGUUGAUGAUGACGGCCGAUCAUCGCGUGGUGGUAGAUCAAGAUCAAGAUCUCGUGGUCCAUCUGGUGGCGGUGGAGGUGCUGGUCUCGCAGCUCUUGCUACGGCAGGAUUGGGUGCAAUUGCUGGCAAGAAACUUCUUGAUCGAUCAAAAUCUCGUUCUCGCUCAAGAGGAGCUCGAUCCCGCUCCCGUGGCGGUGGUGGACGUCGACGAGACUAUAGCUCCGACUCCUACGACAGUCGCAGCCCAGAUCGCCGCUCCGGAAAGGACCGUCAUAAGCGAAGCAAGAGUGUUACAGAUUUUGCCAGAAAAGGAAUGGCAGCUCUUGGAAUUGGUGCUGCCACUGGAGCUGCUGCAGGUGGACGAGACAGAAGCAGAGACAGAAGCAGAGACAGAGGAAGUGUAAUUGAAGAGACCGAGGUCAUCAAAAAGUCACGAAGACGCGGAUCAGACGAUGGCUACGAACCUAGACGCUCUCGACAUGGAGACUCUCACAGAGGUGAUGAUGAUUAUGUUCGAGAUCGAGGUGAUCCUUACGGUGAUCCAAGAUAUGCCGACUCACGCUCGAGCGUUGGGCGGUCCAACAAGGGUGGUAGAGGUGGUAGAGAUAGACGAAUUGCGGAAGGGAAACAAGAUGCUUCUGAUUCAGAAAGUAGCUUGGGAUCCUCUUCGGGAGACGAGAAGAAGAUUAAAAAGAUGAGAGGUAAGCAACUUAUCACAGCCGGUUUGGCUACUGUCGCAACAAUUCAUGCUGCACACAAUGUAUAUCAGAGUAUGGAAAAGCGUGAUGCUAGGCAUCGAGCUGUGGCAGAGGGAGAGAUGACACCGGAGGAGGCGAGGAAGUUGAAAGCCAAGGCGACACUGCAAGAUGCAGCGUCUGUUGGUAUCGCAGCACUUGGUAUCAAAGGUGCACUCUCGGAGAUCAAGGAAGCCAACGAGAUGCGACGAGAGUGCCGAGAGCUGCGAGAACAAAAGGAGCUGAGACAUCAAAAGCGAGUUGAACGCUUGAAGAAUGGUGGUCAACCAAGAAGACGAAGAGACAACGGAGCAAGCCAAGAUCAGGGGCGUCUAGGACAGCGUGAUCGUUAUGAUAAUGGUCCACGCUAUUACGAUGACAACCCAUACGCGGCAGCUCUCCCAGCACCACCUGUUGGAUAUGAUGCCAGACGAUGA